AUGCCCGGACGACCGAUGGGUGACAUUUGUCAGCUCUAUUAUUCGAUCGCAGCCCCUUUCAAGGCUCCUCCCAGGACUAAGUCACACGCGGACUUGAUCAACCAGUGCUUUGCUCGAGCUGUAAGAGCGGGUCGUGUGGCAAAUCGUUGGGUCACUCAACUUAGUUCACAUCGACCAGGCCGUUCAGCCGUAUCAGCUGCCGCCAUUCACUGUCGCAACCCCGGAGAUGCUGAAGAUCCAUUGGAACGUGAAUUCGAGAUGCAUCUUGUCGGUUUGGUUGGAAUGUCUAAGGCUCGUCGCCUUCUCGGACGUCGAAUGUUGUCCACACCCUAUCCUCUGUGGAUCAAUCAGAAUCCAUCUGCAUCUGAAACCUGCGCUGGUUUAGAUUCACGCGCCAAUUCACCAACUCGAGUAUUGCCGUUUACAACACGACCGAUUGUGAAUGGACAUGCGGCUUGUUUGACUUUACCCACUUUUACUUGCGUGGAUUACAGCAUGGGCAAUGGAAGUUCUGGUGCUUCAUCACAACUGGGCAGUGAAUCGACCACACAUAGUCGGCAAGUGCAGUUAUCUAUAGCUUUCCUCAAACUAAAUUUAUUAGUGGAUAAACUGAUGUAG